GGAGGAGGAGGACGUUGUUGUGUGUGUGUGUGUGUGUGUGUGUGUGUGUGUGUGUGUGUGUGUGUGUGUGUGUUAAGGACACACACAGAAGCUGCCUUGAUGUUCUAAUAGAGGAGUCCGGAUUUGAACAUCAUAAUCUAGAUAAUCCUUCAAGCCAGACCACGCACGCUCAUUAAGUCUGUUUAUGUUGCCGGCGAGCGGUUGAUGUUUAAAGCGUAUCAUAGCGGCAGUGUGAGAAACUGAUGAAUGCACUGCAGCACAGCGGGACUGCCAUCAAACGCACCUCAUGUCGUUCUUGGACUGCUCCUGUAUCUCCGCCCACUCUCAGGUCCAGCCAAUCAGCUGUGAGGAUCAGUAUGAGGACAUCAGUGGGUCGUACCUGAGCAGUGAUGGCUCGUUCUUCGGAGCUGAUGAUGAUCUCUCCGGCUUGUCCGCUGAUCCUGCAGACUAUCAGUUGCUCUCAGUACUCGGACGGGGCUUUAAUAACCUGAGCCAGGUGAGUAUGGCCCGUCACAGACCGUCUGGUCGACUGGUGGCGGUGAAAAACACCAAUCUGGAUGAGUGUACGGAGGAGGAGCUGCUGCAGCUUAUGAAUGAGGCGCUGUUGUCCAGAUUGUUUCGUCACCCAAACCUGCUGACGUCCAGGUUGGUGUUCAGUUCCUGCUGCCAGCUGUGGGUGCUCUCUCCACUAAUGAGCUACGGUUCUGCAGACUCGUUACUCAGGUCAUUUUUCCCAGAUGGAAUGAGUGAAUCUCUGGUUGCGUAUCUGCUUUAUGGAGUCCUGAAUGCUCUGAAGUACCUGCACCACAUGGGCUACAUACACAGAGGUGUGAAGGCGAGUCAUGUGCUGCUGUCGGCAGGGGGGCAUGUGUGUCUUUCUGGCCUGCAGUGUGUGUACAGCCUCAUGAGAGACGGGAGGAGGAUGGAGGUUGUGUUCGAUAUGCCACAACACACACCCUCACUGCUGCCCUGGCUCAGCCCCGAGCUCCUGAGACAGGAUCUCCAUGGUUACGGAGUGAAGUCUGAUAUCUACAGUGUGGGUGUGUUGGCAUUGGAGCUGGUCAGUGGAAGAGUUCCGUUCCAGGACCUGCCCCCCACCCUGAUGUUGCUGCAGAAGCUGCGUGGUUCUCUGAGCUGCAUGCUCGACGGCGCCCCCUACGCUCUGGGAGAUUUCAGUGCUCUGAAGGUGUCUCGCUCCGGAGUGGACUCGGGGAUCGGUGAGAGCGUGGCUGCAGGAAGUCUAACUCGGACCGCCACGGCAGAGAGACCACAAAGCCCCACCCCCAAAAACCACUCCGCUACCUUACACAACCUGCUACAGCUCUGCCUACAACAGCAACCUGAACGCAGACCAUCAGCAUCAGCUCUCCUCACUCAUCCCUUCUUUAAACAGGUGAAGAAAUACACCCCGGACUCGUUCCUCAGUCUAGUGUACCCAGCCAUUCCUCUCUCCUGCCCCGUGGACGUUCCCCUGUCUCCGCCGCUGCUCCACACUGACACACACACCCACACGAGCCCUGAGCCUGCGGAUGGAGGAGUGUGGGAUUUCUCCUAAUACACACUCUAUACACUCUGUACACACUCUUUUAGCUUGACAGCUGUUUGUCACAGUAUUACACAGUAUCUCUCUAUCUUUCUCUGUCAUAUCUCAAACUGGAGAUCAGUUCACACCUUUCCCCUACACACACUUCGUUUGCGAUCCUCUAUUCUGGCUGAUUCUGUAGUUGUUGUUAUAGAGCUACAGUGAAAAUCUUCACGUUAUCAUCCGAUCUUUGUUCCAUUGUGUUCAGAAAUCAUGCCGAGAGUGACAGGAAACAUUUCCUGUCCAAUACAGACCUUAACGAGCUGAAAAUUCCCAUAAGCGAUAUUACUGGCUGUUUAAAAGUUAGAUAACAGUGACUGAUGUGAUAACAACAGAAAUAGCAACACUUAGAGAUAUGAGAAGUCUUGUACGAGAAGAAUUGGAAAAGUACCACGUAAGUUGUGUUACAUAUUUUUCCAACAUGGAUGUUAUAUCUCUUUCUGCCCUAAGACCUUAGUUUAACUACAGUUAAAAGGCUUGACCUUACGAUAUUUUCAGUUAUUAUUUGUCACUUUUGAUAUUAAAAUCAUAUUAAAAUAUUUUCUCUUUUUAAAAAGUAUAUGCUACACUAAAGCCUUUAAACUAGUAAAAUAAAUAAUAUUUGCUUAAAUUAAUACCUGCAUAAACACAGCAGUAAACAAAAAAAGUUUAAAAAAAGGAAAAGAGUGAGAAACUAAUGAUAAUACUAAUAAUUUUAUUUUUUUAAUCACCAUUAAGCCAUGCUGUGAUUUACUGUAUAUUUCCAUCCUUUUAUAGUACCGGAGCUCAGCUCCUCCUGUGCUCCUGCCUUAUUUAACCCCUUAAGGUUCCACUUUCAUUAAGACAUCAUGAGGUCACGAGGUCAAAUCUUUUGUUUGGUAUUUCCUCGUGUUCAUGAAUACAGUUUUAUUCUCAAACAUUUAUAGAUGCAUUAUUAAACCUCAGUGAUUUCAGACACACCACUGUAGUUGUGAAACCGAUAUACUGAGCCUCCAACGCUGGGAAAAAGAAGUGUGCGUGACUGUAGAAUUGUGUGUGUGUGUGUGUGUGUGUGUGGGUGUGUACAUGCACUAUGAACGACCUCUCCAAAACCUCGGAUUUUUUUUCCCAGUGCAGAAACCUGAACCUCGUGUUAACAGAACCUGUGAAGAAACACAAAGUCACUUCCAUACUGUUGAAGAACUAAAGACUGUGAUUGACUCCUUAUGGACUAAAGUCAUGUUUAUGUUUUUUUAAUGCUGUCAUGUAAACUGAGUCAUUGUAAUGGGUUAUAAAUAUAUUCUUACCCAGUUUCUUAACAA